UCUCAGCUCAGUCACUCUCUUUUCUCUCUCCUGCUGUGUGCCAGUCCCUCUCUCUUCUUCCACUUCCUCAAAGAGGCCACAGCUCGUCUCUUUUCUCUUGUCCUCCUCACAUCCCUCCACCACACUCUCUCUCUGUCUUCCUCCAGCUGUGACAGGCAACUCGUCUUCACCUCUAACCAGUUAAACGGAUCUCAGGCUGCUACUUUCCCCCAAACUUCCACCCUGAAGAUUUCCAUUCUUGACUGACCUUUUUUGUUUUGUUUAGUUGGGGUGUCCUUCACCCUUCCCCUCUGGAGAGGCCGGUUUAGGUGUGUGUCUGGUGUGUGUCUGGCGUGUGUGCGGCGGCGUGUGCGAGGGCUUUGGUGUCGUGCUCUUUGCCCCCUGAGGGAGUCCCUUAAAGGCUGUGUCUGGAGGAGAAAAGUUUUCACCAACGAUGAAUGCUCAGCUGCUGCUCCUGUUGGCCCUGGCUGGCCCUUUCUUCUGUGCCUUCACACAUGCAAGCCCCACAGAGAUCCCUACAGACCUUGACGUCGGGGUCGAUGAGACCGCAGGAGACGUCCUACCUGACGUUACCGUCCCUCCAGUAGCGGACCUCUCUGUCAUCACCGGUCCUCCUGCAGCCGAACCGUCGGUGGCCGCCGAAGAAUUCGCGACAGAAGAACAAGUCGUCACAGCAACAGAAGAAGCCGUGGUAACAGAAGUUGUCACGGCGGAGGCGGCUCCCACCGCUGUGUUACAUACCGAGGGGGCCGUCGUCGAGACAGAAGCCCCGGCUGCUUCCACUGAAGCACCGGAACCCCUCACCACUGACUCUCCUGUAGUGGAGACCGCGGGCCCCACUGAGCCGCCGGAGGUCGAGGUCCAACCGACGGGAGCCGCCAAGGCGGGUGACGAGGUGGUCGUUGAAGAAGGCCCAGAGGAGGGCCUGAGUUCUGGCCAGGUAGUCGGCAUCGUGAUCGGCGCUCUGCUGGCGGUGGUCAUCGUCAUCGCCGUGGUGAUCGCCGUGGUGAGGAGGAUGGGAAAAUACUCCCCUUGAGGAAAAAGUCGGCCAAGCAGCAGGAGCGCCCAAAGUUCUGGAAAUUCAACUACUGAACUGUGACGUCAUUCGCGAUCAUUAAAACAAUACCAGAACUAAACUAAUCUAACCAGGACACUCUGGACUGUUGCCAAACAAAAGAGAGGAGGUAGGGGAGGGAGGCGUGUGUGUGUGUGUGUGUGUGUGUUUCUGUGUGUCCUGUAUGUAUGUGAGUCAAGAGGGGUACAUGACCUCACCUCCCUCUCCUCCCCCUCGACACAUAUAAAGCUCCCCUACUCCCUCGGAGAGAACAAAACAAGGUGACGGCAGGAUGUCACAAUGAAUUUCAGGCCUUUUCAAAAGAGAAAACAAAAAGGUAUAUUGGGUUAUCUAACCUUUUUAAAGAGCGAUUUAGAUUUGCAUGGAAGUUUGAGAGGAGACAAAACAAAAGGAAAUUAAAUGGGGAGCAGCAAAGAAAGCGGGAGAGACUGCUACAAAUUCCACAGGAUGUAUAUACAAUGCAAGGGGACUACAAAGUAUACAGCUAAUGACUUUCUCAUAUGUUGCAGUUGCAUAGGCGUUUAGCAUUUGAUAUUAUGGAAUACACAGUACAUACAGGCAGGCUGUUGUUGUUGUGACCUUUUUAAAAAAGCACCACCUUUUUCUCAUGUUCCCUGAUAUGUUGGCCGACUGUAUGAAGCACCGUGUGCAGAAGUUGUUUUGACAUAAGCGAGCUCUUUGAGGGCUGGCGUGGCGCUAACGGGGGGCGGAGAAAAGGAAAAAAGGCACCUUCAUUUGCAAGAGGAACGUGACAUUCUGCCCACUUUUAACACUGACAUAUAGAAACCUAAUACAUAUCUGUGAAAUUUAGCAGAAGGGUUUGUGCCACUGUCUCUGGUAUUCUCUAGGUAGUUUUUAACUUUUGAAGUGCAUUAUUAAUGUGAAUUUAACUGCCACCCAUUCCAAAAAAAACGAACAGCUUCGAUGGCUUGUUCCUUAUAAAGGCUUCCACACAUACACGCACUCACACACACUCACACACACAGCCAGUGGUUAUUACACAUAGUGAUAGCAUUGUCUUCUGACACUUCUCGUUAAUAGUUAGAUUACCAGAACAGCCGUCCGGUCUUUAAAUUGAGCUAACCCCAGAUUGCGUGCACACACAGGAUGACAUUUUAUAGUUGCACUUAGUUUUUAGUGCACAGUGUUUUUGGCAGUAAUGCCCCGUUUUGUUAUUUUUUUUUUUGCAUUUGUUAAGUGUGCUAAAUGGGUGUACAAAAUAAUGAAGUCUCAGCUUAGCUCCGCUUGCUUUACAGACUCGUUUAAUACAUGCACUGAAUGAGUGAUGUAAUGUUUAAUGAAUAGGCUUUAGACACUGCAAAAAUGAUUGCAACGACAUGUUUCCUCUCCUCUGCUUUUUUCGCCCACAUAUUAUCACUUCUUCUUCUUCUAGGUCUUUAAUUUGUGCCGUCUGACUUGUUUGAACCCUUUUAUUUAAUUGCGGUGUUUUUUUGUUCAUACUGUUUCAAUAAAAAACUGAAAACAC